AUGAGCAAUUAUUCAGCCGGACUCGGUAAGCCUGGCUCAGGUAAAAGGAGAAUAAGAGAUCUUUUAAAUCAACCUGAUAACCGAGUCUGCGCUGAUUGUGGCGCUUCUGAUCCUAAAUGGGCAUCAGCAAAUAUCGGAGUAUUCAUUUGCUUAAAAUGUUGUGGUGUGCACAGAAGCCUCGGGACACAUAUCUCAAAGGUCUUGUCUGUGACACUUGAUGAAUGGUCAGAUGAGGAAGUCGACGCCAUGAUUGAAAUUGGAGGAAAUGCUUCCGCUAACUCAAUUUACGAAGCUUUUGUACCUGAAGGAAGCUCUAAGCCUGGACCUGAUGUUAGUCAUGACCAGCGUAUGAGAUUCAUUAGGUCAAAAUAUGAGCUCCAAGAGUUUCUGAAACCAAGCUUGCGGAUCAAAUCCGGGAAGUGCUCGACAAAGAAUUCAGCUUUUCUUACAUCAAGUCUUUCUAGAAAGAUCAUGGAUAGUUUCCGCACAAAUUCAUCAUCACAGAAGAUAGAAGGAAUGGUAGAGUUUAUUGGAUUGUUGAAGGUGACUGUUAAGAAAGGUACUAACUUAGCAAUCAGAGACAUGAUGUCAAGUGAUCCGUAUGUUGUGUUGAAUCUAGGGAAGCAAAAACUUCAAACAACUGUUGUGAAUAGUAACUUGAACCCGGUAUGGAAUCAAGAGCUCAUGCUGUCUGUUCCCGAGAGCUACGGCCCAGUGAAGUUGCAAGUGUACGAUUACGAUACGUUUUCAGCUGAUGACAUAAUGGGAGAAGCUGAGAUUGAUAUCCAGCCACUGAUAACAUCUGCAAUGGCUUUUGGGGAUCCUGAAAUGUUUGGGAACAUGCAGAUUGGGAAAUGGCUAAAGUCGCACGAUAACCCGCUUAUAGAUGACAGCAUCAUUAACAUUGUCGAUGGGAAAGUGAAGCAGGAGGUUCAGAUCAAGCUUCAGAAUGUAGAGUCUGGAGAGUUAGAGCUAGAAAUGGAAUGGCUGCCACUUGAACAAUAA